GCUGGCGCUGCCCGUGCACCCCAGUCCCUGGCGGAGGCGGGCAGCGAGCGGCAGGUGGGGACGGGAGCGGCUGGCCGGCCCCCCGGGCGAGAGGCGCUUUCCCCGCUGCGGCCGCUCGCGGCGAUGCGUGCGGGGACUGAGCCUUUGCAGGAUUUGUUGCUUCCUUCUUGCACUAGUGGUGACCCUAAGGAAUUUGCUAUGGAUGGGGAAAGUGAAGUGGAUUUUUCUAAUAACAACGUAACGCCGUGGUGGAGGAGGAGAUCAACCCCCCAGCUACACACCAAGAGCAAACGUAGACCCCAGUCUUACCAGAGCCCCAAUGGGGUCCUCUUCACAGAUUUCCCUGUGGAAGACAGGGGUACAUUCACUGUGACUCAGCCUGCUGAAACAAUAGUUACUUCUCCAGUCAACAGAUUAGUCCAGAGGAGCCCCUCCUCUUUUAAAUCCAACAUGGGAUCUGUGCCAAAUGGAAAAAUAGGGUCUCCAGAGUAUAAAAUUGUAUCCCCUCAGCUUUCUUCUGACCAGGCAUCUCAGGUUCUGAAAUUGGUUUCAGAUAACUUGAUAAGUUUUACAGCUAGUGGUACAGUAACCUCACCAGAUGACACACUGCUUCAUCCAGUGAUGAUUUCCAGUCAAUCAGCACUUAUCCCAGAACAUGAACAGACUGCUUUUAUGCCAACUCCUGGGUCCUUACCUGGAAAUAUGCCUUCACUGAAUAACAACACAAUGGCUGUUUUGCAGUUACAAUCCGACCAGCUUUCUAAAAACUCAGAAAAGGCACUUUUGGGGCCCUCAUUGGUUUCCCAGACAGCUCCCUCACAACAAAACUUAACUCUCCACAGACUGACAUCUAAUCAGAACCAGCUCCCAGAAAAACAGUCAAUAGUUCUGAGUACAAAUAGUCCUGCUGCGCUCAAAGUGGGGAAACAACAGAUCAUUCCUAAGAGUUUAGCUUCUGAGAUAAAAGUGACAAACAAAACCAGCAACCAAAAUAUGGAGACGAACAAAAGGGUCCUCAAGGUCCGUAGCAUGUUGGAGGUGCUUAAUAUGCCUUUGGUAGCUGAUGGUGAUGAAGAGACAGAAGGUGACCUGGAUAGCCCAGGGGCAUUGAGAAGAGGCUUGAGGUCUACUUCCUAUCGAAGAGCAGUAGUGAGUGGCAUUGACUUUGACAGUUCUACAAAUUUUAAGAAAAAAAAUAGAAUGUCCCAGCCAAUACUCAAAGCUGUUGUGGAGGACAAGGAGAAAUUUUCUAGUUUAGGAAGAAUAAAGAAGAAAGCACUGAAAGUACAAGGGACAUUUGAUGGGGAAGAAACUGCAGUAUUGUAUCAGAACUACAAAGAAAAAGCUCUGGACAUAGAUUCUGAUGAAGAUUCUGAGUCCAAAGAACAAAAAUCAGAGGAAAGGAUAGUUAUUCAAUAUAAGCCUCUGAGAUCAACAUGGAGUCAGCUAUCAGUGGUGAAAAAGAAUGGACUGUCUCAGACGAUCAGUCAGGAGGAAAGAAAGAGGCAAGAGGCUAUAUUUGAAGUAAUAUCAUCUGAACAUUCAUACUUGCUGAGCUUGGAGAUUCUGAUCCGGAUGUUUAAAAAUUCCAAAGAACUGAGUUUAACAAUGACCAAAACAGAAAACCACCAUCUUUUCUCCAAUAUUGCUGAUGUCUGUGAAGCGAGCAAAAAGUUCUUUAAAGAACUUGAAGCAAGGCAUCAGAACAACAUCUUCAUAGAGGAUAUCAGUGAUAUUAUUGAAAAGCAUACAGCAUCAACAUUUGACCCAUACGUGAAAUAUUGUACUAAUGAAGUCUACCAACAGCGAACACUCCAGAAACUAUUAGCUACAAAUCCAGCCUUCAAGGAAGUGCUGUCACGGAUUGAGUCCCAUGAAGACUGCAGGAAUUUACCUAUGAUCUCUUUCCUCAUUCUUCCAAUGCAGAGGGUUACACGCCUUCCAUUGCUGAUGGAUACCAUCUGUCAGAAAACCCCUAAAGAUUCACCAAAAUAUGAGAUCUGCAAACGAGCCUUAAAAGAAGUGAGCAAGUUGGUCCGUUUAUGCAACGAAGGGGCUAGAAAAAUGGAAAGGACAGAAAUGAUGUACACAAUUAACAACCAGCUGGAAUUUAGAAUCAAGCCAUUUCCACUGGUCUCCUCUUCCCGGUGGUUAGUGAAAAGGGGUGAAUUAACAGCAUACGUGGAAGACACUGGACUCUUCUCUAAAAGGACCAGUAAGCAGCAAGUGUACUUCUUCCUCUUCAAUGAUGUCCUCAUUAUCACAAAGAAGAAGAGUGAGGAGAGCUACAAUGUCACAGAUUAUUCCUUGAGGGACCAGCUGUUGGUUGAACAAUGUGACAGUGAGGAGCUGAAUUCCUCACCCGUAAAGAAUAGUUCCACUAUGCUGUACUCUCGGCAGAGCUCUACAAGUCACCUCUUCAGAUUAACUGUCCUUAGCAACCACGCAGGAGAGAAGGUGGAGAUGCUACUGGGAACUGAGACUCAGAGUGAAAGAGCUCGCUGGAUUACUGCACUUGGACAGAACAGUGACAGACAGAAUGCAGACAGGACAACAUUGACACAGGUAGAGAUUGUCAGAACUUACACUGCAAAGCAGUCAGAUGAACUAUCCCUUCAGGUUGCUGAUGUGGUUCUGGUUUAUCAAAAAGUGAAUGAUGGUUGGUAUGAAGGUGAACGAUUGCGGGAUGGUGAGAGAGGUUGGUUUCCAAUGGAGUGUGCCAAGGAAAUCACAUGUCAAGCCACAAUUGACAAAAACAUGGAACGGAUGGGACGUUUGCUUGGACUUGAAACAAAUGUAUAGAGUCUCUGAAAUCUAUUUUUUCUUUGCUGCAGGAUUUGCACUAAGGGCCAUCAGUGGUGGCUUGGUUUUGUGCUUGUUGUCCCACUAUAGCUGUAGCGUGGUAGCUGUGAAUCACAGAUUUGUAAAAAUCAGUGAUAGGAGGAAGGGCGGGGGGGGGGGGGAAAGUCAGCAGCUCACUCUGUAUCCAGGCUACUUUAAGUUAAAAGCCCUUAAAAAGUAAAUUAACUUCUAAAGUUCCCAUAACAAAAUGCAGGUGACAUCUUUAGAUAGUCCCCUCUUCCUUGUUUUACAGUGUAAGAGAGCUAACGGAGUCAAGGUCUGAUCUGCACUAAAUCUUAACUGGGACUGAGCGGUAGGCUCUGGAGAGCAGCUCCACAUAUCUUUGACUUCACCUCCCUUUGUCUUUAGCUGCUCCACUCCCUUUACCUUUUUGUGCUGGUUCCUAACCCACACCCGUCCAACCAAACACACACUCUUUUUUUCUUGUUUGUUUUUUCCAGUUGUUUAAAAACACCUUAGCUUCCUCUGGCGAGGCCAACCACCAGCCACCCAGAAACAUGUUGCCCUGAAGCAAGCAGCAACAACAAAUUAAUAUUUGGGGAUUUCCUACUCCUCAAGGGAAAGUUUCAGUGCUGUACUGCUAGCACAAGAUGGUGCUAUGUGUGAGGAUAAAUAGCAGCUCUCUAACCCCUCAUAUGGCCUAAAAUGGAACCCGUGAGCACGCACUGUAUAAGGUGCUCCCUAGGCUCCAGAGAAGACACACACCAAGUAAAGAGAUAUUCCACUAAGUUAAGAGUGCACAGCUCUCUACUUUUGUAAUAUAAGAGCAUCCUUCUGUUGGGUCUUCUCAUCUUUCUCCUUGUGGCUCUCUGUCUACAUCUAUCUAUAUGUCUGUUUUAGUGAAGGGUUUUCAUAACGUUAGAUUACCUUUCGUGUUCAUCCUUUAAAACCUUAGCUCCUUGGGCUUCCUCCUCCCCAAUGAUGGCUUCUUAUUUCACACACAUGAUUUUUUUUUAAAUGCUGUCAUUUGAAAAGCAGUGAUUAAAGUACCUCUGUCCCAGCUAGCAAAGCUAAUGUGUUCUCCAGGGACUGAGAGGAGAAAUCCAGAAUGGUUUUCUGUUGGUCUUAUUUGCUGAUGAUGAUGUUUCAUCUAUUCAAGCAGCUCAGAUUUUGUUUCCUUCCAGUGUUGCUUCAGUGUUCAGAGUGCCGGGAAGGGUUUUCAAAUCAAGAAGUAUGCAGUGAACUUUUGUAGUGUAGAAAAGUAAGCUUGGUCUCCAAGGCUCCAGCCUCCAUCCCCAGAACAGACCAGCCUUACGGUAUGUCUACCCUUUUAGCUGGGGAUGUAAUUCCCAGCUCAAGGAGACUUACUUAGACUAUUCCAAUUGAGUUAGAACAGUAAAAUCAGAACAUAGCCCCGGUAGCAUGAGCAACAGGAUGGGCUAGCCACCCUGAAUACGUGCUCGUAAGAUACCUUAGCUUGUUUCAGCUUGUUUUUGUAAAAAAUAUUCUCCAUAAGUAUAAGCAGCUCUGUGCUCUGCUCUGCUCCUCUGUGUCCCUGAUAGAAAAUCAGAUUGCCUGACUGACAGUGUUAUAAUUCUCUCCAAGCUUAUCCAAUUCCACACAGUAUUUCACUGGAGUCCCACGCCAGCUGAUUCCGACACCUUCUCUUGUGUCGUUUCUCUUGCCUUCCCUGAGUCCUGUUAUGCACAAAAUAAACUAAUCUUCUGUGCUCUGGAGCACACACGUGCACAUGCUCAUUUGAUGUCUGUGGAGGCUAAACACAAGCUGAGAUGUAGGAUUUGGCUCCCACUGUUGUCCAUUAUGGUAGCAUUACAGUAUCUUUUUGAGCAGUUGGCACUUUUAUACAUUUACAGACACAUUUUUAAAACUCAUGCUGUAAGUUGUGGAUACAAAAAAUACUCAGUUACACAGUUGCAUUUGAACACUUGCAGGGGUAUCUUAAGAUCUGAAUGUUACCAGUUUGUGCCUUAACUUCCACUCCCACAGGGUAAGGAUUAUAAUGCUGAAUUCUUGGUUUAUUUUGAAAAUACAUGAGGAUGUUGAUCUCUGGGAAAUAUUCUAUUAAUCAUUUCAUUUCAAUUCCAGUUUUGCCUAUAUCUUUUAACUAGGAUCUCAAGAUGUGUUGUUGCUUCAGUUCAAGGUUUUGCAGGGAGAGUGGAGUGCUUUUUUAUCUUUUUUCCAUUUCGGUAGCAGAGGUGGUCAAAUUAAUUUCCUGUUUUUUGUUGAGGAAGGAGCGGGAAAGAGGUAUAUGAACCAGAACUCCAGGAUACCUUCACCUUCAGUCCUUGUUACAUGUUAAUUACUACAGAUACAGGAAGGGAAAAAAUUAUAGGAGAGCAGCACUAGUAUUGACUUAAACUCUUGGUCAUAGAGUUCAUACUGGAGAAGAUGAAAAGGCCUCGCAAUCAGGGAGGAUUUGCAGGGAGUAUAGAGUAAUAUGAUGUUUUGUCAACUUUGCCUUCCCAUUCCCAAUUGUGACCUGACCUAUUGUGCACACGACGGUGGGAGAGGGAAUAGUAGAAGCUCACGUUUCACAAGAGAAACAACCAUUUAAUGUUGUCUGACCAAGAUGCACUUGUAAACAGGAAAUAAUUUUCAAAACAUCUUCUCUGUAACUAGGUGUUACGGUUUGCACACUGUAUGUAUUAUAAAUAUGUUAAUCCUUUUAAGACACAGCUGAUCACUCAGCAGGGUUGAAUAAACGUUAGCACACAAAUGAGGUAAAAACUUAUAGUAGAAAGGCUUUCUGCUUGUAAUAUUUUCACUCCAUUUUUUGGAGGGGCUGCAUGUUGUAAUAUAUACUGUAAUAUGUUGAAGAUUUGUAAAUGAGUGUAAUGUUCUUAAGGUAUCCCUGUAACACUACACUUCAAAAUCUAUUAGAAAAGCAAUAGUUUUGUAUAAAGUAAUUUGAAGAUCCCCAACCUUGGAAGUUUGACACUUGGUUAUAUGCCCUUGUGAAUUAAUUUAUAAGUGGACCAAUGAAACAGUAAUGAGCAUAUUGUAAUCUUUGUAAAUUGAACACAGUGUUAUUUAACAUAGGUAAAAAUACUGCUAAUUUUUUAACAAAUAAUUAAAAAAAACCUACUGUAUACAGCCAGAUGUUUAACACAGUAACUGAAUGUAUAAAUCCAGAUAUUAAUUUUAUUCAGGUUUUUAAAUACAUUGUAUAUAUUUUUCACAUCUAGUUUUUCCAGAUGUUUUUAUAAAUGUUUCCAUUUCUCCUUUUAUCAGAUACAAUUCUGCAGGAAUUAGACAUCAGUGACUUUAUAGGACAACAAUCAAUAAAAUGCUUUUAAAAACUUUACUAAAAAAAAAA